AUGAAGAACUCUCUGCUGGCAGCUAUCUUUUUACUUGUUAGAGAUUCCUGCCGCGGCACGGACCGGGACUCUGCGUUCUGCCGGCAGCUCCCAGAUUGGGACAAUGAAUUGGUGUGUUACAAAGAAUUAAGUGAGGAUCUAACCUGUACCUGGCUACCACUACCUAGUGCUGCAAAUACAGUUAAUUACACUGUAUACUUAAAAUGGAACAAAAUACGAAAACUUUUUCAACGAAACACAUCAUCACCAUCCAUCACAAUAGAACGAAAGAAUCUCUACAUUGAGAGAUUUGCAUCCAUUUGGAUAGCAGUGAAUUUUGCCCAUCACACCUGUGCAAAAGGAAAGAAUAUCUCAGUUUUACCAAGCAAAGCAGGAAAGUGCUUGUCACCAUCUAACAUAAAUGCUUAUCAGAUCACAAACCAAUUGGUAAUAAAGUGGGACCUGCCCACACCUGCUAACACACCAUAUGAGCUGAGAUACAGAGAGGCAUCCACAGAAUCUGCUCCAUGGACACUGGUGCCUAUAGGAAGCAAUGCUGUCAAUGUCACCAUAUCAAAUUUAAAUUCUACGUCUUCAUACGUUGUUCAACUCAGAUGCAUAACCAAGGAUGGUCUGGACUGUGUUUGCAUUUGGAGCAAAGAGAUUUUGGUCCCUCACAAACUCAUGAACAAGCCAAGAAUAUCAUAUAAUGUAACUACACAAGUGUCUCCAGGAAGAAGAAGCGUUCUUUUGAAGUGGGAGGUAGCACAAAGUGAGAAUGUCCUUGGAUAUGUUGUUAAUGUGGAAAGAAUACCCAACACUUGCAGCCACCCACCAAAUCGCAUCUCUCUCAAAGACAGAAAAAUUCUUGUUAAUCUCUCCAUGGCUUACUACAGAGUUAAUAUUUCUGCCUACAAUGAAGCAGGAGAAUCUCCACAAGCCAUCUACAUUGUGCCAGAAUUCUUUGCAGCAGACUUGCCUGGUCAAAUCCAUGUCAAAAGCCAGGGAACUAAUGCAGUUGUCACAUGGACUCCAAAAUACAAUCCAAAAUGUUUUGUGGUUGACUGGGGAACUGGUAAAGAGGAUAUGCACAUGAAAAUAAUAACUACGACUACUGGGAAUUUCACAUUAGGCAAUUUUCAACCGUAUAAGUUGUACAAAAUAAUGAUACAUGCAUCUGAUGUGUGUCAAUGUGAAAGUUUCAUAAGACAUGAAAAGACAUUUGGAGUGAUCCACUUUUAUUCCAUAGAAGGAGUUCCUAGGACCGGUCCUGCUAAUGUGACAGUUCUGAAUAUCACAAAGUAUUCUGCACUUGUGAAGUGGACUGAAAUAGCUGCAGAAGACCGUUUGGGCUUUCUCCAGGGAUACAGGAUCAGUUACACAGAUGCAUCGAUGAAAAAGUCUCCAGCUGUUACUCUCAACUCUUCUAUCACAAGUUACCAUCUUACUGGACUGAAGGAGAAGACCACCUAUCGUGUGCAGAUUUCAGGAUUCACAAAUGCUGGGGAAGGACCUCUGACUCUUUCACAACCUUUCAGCACUCCAAAAUAUGAUAAAGGAGAACUUGAAGGUUUUGUGAUUGGUCUUUGUUUCAGCACGAUAUUCAUUCUGAUUUUUGCACCCCUCACUUGUUCUUUGGUGAUUAAAAGGCUGAAAAUAUCAUACUGGCCCAGUGUUCCAAGCCCACGAAACAGCAGUGCACUCCAAGACAUGACUAAUUGGAAACCUGUUUCAAGGUCACUGCUUCAGACCCUGUCAGACAAUGAUACCACCAGCCUUUUCGUCAUAGAGCAUGAGUCAAAAGCUCCUCUGACACUAGACUUCUUCACAGACGGUGGAGAAGACAGCAAGUAUGAUACUUACCAGUCAGAAAAACCUAGCAAUAACAUAGACAUGAGCCCAAGGCAUGAAGAAAUCCCUGUAGAAGCAGUUGCAAGUGAAGAAGACACCAUUUCCACUGAAGUACCACUCUUGAGUGACUAUGCCAGUGUGGAGUUUAAUCAGAAGGCCCUGAUGAGUCCGGCAGGGAGCAUGCCUGAAAGGACUGCUCAUCCUCAUCUGGAAAUGGAACUAAGCAGUAAGCCAGCACAAACUGUGCACAAGGUUUUGUUUGCUUCCCAGGACUACCUCAAACAAAGCCAGGUGGUACUUUUGCCGUCUGGUCCAAAUUUCAUGAGACAAGUCAAUUAAGCCUGAAGCAUCUUCGUUAUUUUUCCUACCAUAAAAUCAAGUUCCAAAUCUUUUUAUACUUCAGUGGGGCUGGCCUUUAGGACCAUAUGGAACAGUGAG